AUGUACGAUCAUCUUGACCCUAAGAAAUUCGGCUUGGACCAAAAGUUCAUUGAUGAGGCGAAUCAUACGUUGCGCGAGUACGAUUCAUGGAAGAUAUACUGCGACAGCUUUGAAGACGGGCGUGAAAGAAAUCAAAAAGAAGGAAACUUUUUCCUGGCAAAGCUUUACCAAGACAACGCUGCAAAGGUUGAGAGCAAGGAAGUCAGCGAGUCUAUCAUUUCUUCCCCCGCAAAUCACACUCGGUCGCGGGCUCAAAGAAGGGCCCUCAUAGAGGAGCUAGACCAGUCGCCAACCAAAUUGAAGGCAGAUGCCAAUGCAAGCAAGUCGCUGCCAACCGGAUCGAAUGGCGUGAAAAAGCUACUGGCACUCAAAUUGAAAGAUGCAAGAGAGCCACCCAACGGUCCAGAUGAGCUGCCGAAAACCCCGUCCCCCACGGACUCUCCCAUCUCUUAUCAAUGGGGGUCACCAGAUUCUCCAGCUUGGAUACCGAAUGAGACAUUCCCAAAGUCUAUUGACGAGCAAAUUGUCAACACAGCGCUUGCGGCCUGGAUUUUGGAACAUCCAAACGAGCCUCCAGAACCUAUUGGCCGCCGUUUUCAGGUGCUACAAGAUAGGAACGAAAUUUUUUCGAAUUUCGCCAGAUACGGAAGCAAGUAUUUCUCGUAUCUGAGAGGGGAAGGGGCGUUUGACGAAACUGACCCGGAGUCUUUCAUGACGAUCUUUUGAAGUUGGGCCUUUCAAAACAAACAACUUGGGGCACAUGGAAAAGCUGGUUCCCAUCAUCCUCGCACUUACACUCCUGUGCAAGGAUCUGAGAAAGCAU